AUGUUUACGGAUACGAUUACAAAAGCACAGGGCCAAGUGACUAGAUCUUGCAGUAUUGAGCAAAGCAUCUUGCGUAAACAGUCACAGAGCUAUCUACCAUUUCAAGAUAUACCACCGGCUCCAGCUUCAUUCAUGCCACACGGGCUUAUUCCCAAGCAAUGCUGUUCUCCAAAACAGUCAGCUGGCACAGAUUGCGUUUGCUUGAGCAUGCUACUCACUCAUACCAAGACCGAUAAGUUUGGCAGUGUCAAUGCUUGUUACUUUCCUAGUCAUGAUAGCUUUGGUACUGCUCAUGCAAGCAAUAAUGGGUCGGAUACAGAUUUAAGCAACUUGACAAGUCGUGCAGGUCAUGGACAUCAAACCAGUGAAAACAGUUUUGGUUCUGAUAAUCAAAAGUUGGCACUAGGCCCAUUUUUCAACAUUGCAGAAUGUCACGGGCAAGUUUAUUCUCAAGACGGGCUUCAAAGAUACACUGUUUCAUUGGAUGCUCGCUUUGACCGUGGGUUUUUCACUAUCGACAAUGGCACCAACUGGGUGUGUUACCGCCGUAACUACUUUCAAAUGUCAGCCGCAUUUACUUGUGUUGCACAGAAUUCUCCGGCACGCCUUUCAAGUGCAUCCACUCAUUACUCUUACUCAUCCCCCACUAUCUCAUCUGUGCCCUCUUUUGUAAGUUCAAAGCCAGAUUUUAAACAAAUACAGCUUCCAUGUAUUGUCGUCGAUCGAUAUGGUGUCUCGCAUUACAUUCGAUCGUUUCAAGUUUUAGUUACUGCAAGUAUUGCUGGCACUAAUACUCUCGUUGAACUCACUCAACAAACAUCAAAACGGCUGCGUGGAAUGCAGCGGGCGCUUGAACCUAUUUCGUGCUUGCCUGGUGGUAAUCUCUCUCAGCCUGCUAACAACGACCCGUCCACUGUGGCGGUUUUUGAACGUUUACAGUUUGCGUCUUCUACAAUCAAUAAUGGACGAGCUCGAUCUCCUCAGCAAUACUUUUGUGUACAAGUUGCUUUGAUAGGUGUUUCUCCCAAUGGAUCACGUAUCGUGUUGGCUACUGCUGAAUCUGCUCCACUGGUGGUUCGUGGUAGAUCUCCCAGCCAUUAUGCCAUGUCUAAAACCAACCCUGCUGCGGCCAUUUCAAAAAUAGUACCCACUCUUCCUAAUACAUCCCCUUCUAAUAUUACAAAUGACCACGAGCAAAAGCGCGAAAAAGAAGAAUGUUCUACUAAACGUGCACAUACUUAUCCUCCUAUAUCAACGGCGCCUGAUUGCUUGAGCAUGGAUGAUAGGUUUUCUAAACGUGCAAGAUUAACUGUGCAGUCUCUCUUAUCCGAUUCAUCCACUCAAGAUGAUUCUACCAUCUCGAGCAACUCUCCGGUCAUUUCCAACUUGAAUCAAUUGGACACGGAAGAUAUCUCGAGUAUGUAUGAAGUGGCCUCACAAACAAAUUCAUGCGAGAACUGUUUGCCUCCCCCUAUGCAGGACGUGUACGCUAGAACUAAUGAUCAUUCCAUGAUGCACACAACAGUCCCUCAUAUGCCACAGCUUCCACCUAUAAUUGCCUACCGUUCUUUUUAUCCCCACUCAACAGAGCCCUCUUCCAUGCCACAUUCAUCAACCCCUUCGUUUCUAUUACCAAACAGUUCAUACUACGCCGAAGCGAUAGAUUUGCAUUUGGAAUCUCGGCAUCACGGCCUAGAAUCAAAUAAAAUGGCAGCAGCGUACAAAGAUCACGACACCUAUGAGCAUUUUUACGAUUAUCCUCCUCGCAAAAAUACGCACUUCCAUCUCUCAUCGCCAAUCACCAGCGAAUGUACUAUGGGGUUUGAUCCAAAUGUGCUACACUACAACCAUGGCGCAUUUUCUACUUUCGCUUCAUCAUCUACUAUUGACUUUGUUUGA